ACACGAAAGGAGUCACGUAGGCGUAAUAAAGCAGGUAUAUCUCGUUGAUUUGAUGUUGUCAAACACAAAGGUGUUUUGAUUUUAAUUAUUUUUCGUCUCUUAAAAGUGUCAGCUGUUUUUUCGAGGAGACUGCAUUUCACUAUAGUUUUUUGAGAUGUCUUCUUCCAAGUCCAGCCUGGAUGAUGUUUUAGGAGAAUCAUGGGUUGACAUCUCAAGUGUACAUUCAGGGGGUAGUGCAACACCUUUGUCAGUUACUCAACAAUUGCAUGUCGAAGAUUAUUUGAGAUUGCUGAGGGAGGCACAAAGAGAGUCGAACCAGUCUUCAGCAAGAGUCUCCCUAGCUGGUUCCCGAAGAGAUUCCCCCAGAGGCAGUCCAAAAAGUCCCCCAAAUAGUCCUGUUCAAGGAACACCUUUGAACCUGGAAUGGCAGUCUUAUUAUUUGAAUUCUGAAUCUAAAGAAGACUCUGAAUUUUUCAAUGAUUGGAGCAGUCGUCCAGAUCAGCUCCCACCGAAAAAUUGGAGUUUCCGACCUAGGAAGCGUGAAAUGCUGAGUAUCCGUUAUGCUCGUCUGGGCAACAAUAGCAUUUUUUCACGCAAAGGGCUAUGUACUCUAUUUCUGAGCAACAUUCUAUCUAUUCUAUUGGGCACAGGUGUAGGACUGUGGUUAAGUAGGCAUGGAUUCUUUGUUCCAGCAAUUAAAGUACGUUAAAAAACUCUUUCCUUCAAAAUUUUUGUAUGUCGUUUUUAUAUGGCUAUGCAAUAUAGUUUCUUUAGCUUCUAAGUGCUGCCUUCUUUGAGAGACAGGGAUUUUAUAUCUUAUUUUCUACAGUUUAUGAUACUUUCAAAAUUUCUAUGAAAGCAUUGUGAUAUUGGGGAUAUUCCUAAUACAUUUAUUUGGCAUAUGAAUCAAAUCUGGAUUUCUUUGAAGGCAGAUUAUGAAUCUUUAAUGUUAUCUACUUAAUUAUUAAACCUGUUUUUUUCUUGAAAAAGCUUUUAUUUCAUGGUGACAUUCUGUUGUUUCCAUAGCAUAAACUAUUCUAGAGUGUUCAGAUUUGAAAUUAUUUCACCAUUGUUGCUGAGAAAUACAUCUUUUGGUUCGUUUUAAAUUCCACUUAAAUUUCUGCUUUCAAUAAUAUCCUUUUUUCGGGCGUUUCCAAUAUAUAAUCUAUGUGUAAAUGAAUUAACCUUCAAGUAAAAUCAAAAGUUUGGUGACUUAUUUUGUUUUGGAUCGUUUUGUACCAGGUUUCGCAUCAGUUAUUACAAGAUUAUAAUGUUCUGUUGAAUCAGAAUGUAUAUUAAUUUGUAUUUCAAUGUAGCACUGUUUAUUUUUCAAUUAUCUCGAAAUGAUGAAUGAAAAUAAAAUAACAAUUUAUUUGA